AAGUCAAUUUCACAAAUCUAAAACGAGUGUCCGACAAAGUUAUUCAACUGCGAGCCCAACCUGACUCCUGCACCUGAAACCUAAUAGCGGGCGUAUAUUAUAGAAUAAAUCAUGGGAGAUUGGUCGCAGCUUUUACCUGAUCUGUUGGCUGUGAUAAGCAGGCAUCUAAGUCUGAUAGAAGAUUUUGUAGCCUUCCGUGGCGUUUGCACCUCGUGGCGUAUGGCUGCACCGAAGCAAAAUUUUGUUAACUUAUGGCCUACCGUUCCUCUGCUCAUGCUAGCAGAGAAAAAAGACAGCGACGAUAGGGAAUUUUACAGUCUAUCCAGGGGUAAGGUUUGGAAUAAAUUGUCACUCCCCGAAACCAAGAACAAAAAAUGCAUGGAGUCACGAGGAUGGCUGAUCACCGUCGGGAGUGGAGGAGAGAUGAAUAUGUUGCACCCUCUGUCGGGUGUUCAAAUUGAGCUCCCUCAUCAAUCCACCUUCCCUAUGUAUGAUAAUCUGAAUAUACCUAGCUGUUUCGUUUACGUGAAAAGAGCAGCUUUGUCGGUACCACCUUCGGCUUCGGACGGGUUCUCCGGCUUUGUUCUCAUGGUGGUCUGUCACGGAGGUGGUGCUCUGGGGUUUUGGAGACCGGGGGACAAGUGCUGGACAAGAGUAGAGAUGCAGCGUCCCUGGGGAGCCUUCUCCGAUGUCAACUAUUACAAUGGGAAAUUCUAUGCUAUUACUUAUAGUGGCCGUAUCAUUGUAUGUGAUGUUUCUGGGCCUGGUUCUAUGGAGGCACAGCUCCUUUUUAGCAUAGAUAUAGAAUUACUUCUCUAUAGAGUCUCCUAUCUAGUGGAAUUGGCUGGUGAGUUGCUGAUAGUUGCGCGGGACGGUGCUUUUGUAGAUGAAGAUCUGAAUUAUGGGGCUUCCAAUUUUCGAGUCUUCCGACUGGAUCUAAUCAAUUGCCGCUGGAAAGAAGUUACCAGUUUGGGGAACAGUUCCAUCUUCGUUGGGUAUAAUGCAGCUUUUUCGGUUGAAUCCGCUGGCUUUCCUGGUAUAAUCAAGCCUAACUGUAUUUAUUUCACCGACGAUUGCAUAGACAGUUACUAUGAUGUUGAACCAGGAGGUGGCAAGGAUAUGGGCAUCUACGAUGUUGAAGACGGCAAAAUUGAACGCUUUGAUGAUAUUCGGUCUUUCAGUUUGAUGGGCCCACCUGUUUGGGUUGCUCCCUCUUCCUGAAGUACUCGAUCGCAUGCUGGUUUAAUUGCAUAUUAAUAACUAAUCACUAUUAUGUAGUUAGGAAUAAGUCAUUCGCACUAAAUGAUCGUAUUAUUGUAGUUUGGCAAUUGUCAUAAAUCGUCUGAUCAAUUUGGUUUUUCUAAAUUUAUAUGAAAAUGGCGUUCAUGUUUUUGCUUUGCUAGAUAUUAGUUUGGUCCUGUGUUGGGACAGAGUGGUAGUUCACUUGCAAGCAUGAUUUGUUUAAAGAUUUUUCCGGUCUUCUUGGGUUUUGAGUCCUAAAAGGGACUCUUAUCCUAGAG